UGAACGCCUCUUUACUGUUUCUUUCUUUGCCCAGAAAAAAAAAAAAGAAAAAAAAAAGCAAAAUGCGAAGAAGAUUUCUAGAAUGUUGACGAAGGCGCUUCGGAUUUUGAAACCCAGGUCUAUUCUGGGAAGUUUUCUCCACCGUAGAUCGGUUUAUUCAUCGGUUUACUUCUCUACUCCGUCGCCGACUUUGUCUCCCGGAGCUAUUUCCCGUACGACGGCUGAGAUUGACACCGAUGAAGCUAUUGCGUACUCGGACCCAACUGAUUCGCCGACUGCGAUUCCGGCGAUUAUGCCUGGUAGCCUCCAGCCACGUGUCGUUGUGUACGACGGAGUCUGUCAUCUUUGCCAUGGAGGUGUCAAGUGGAUAAUCAAAGCUGAUAAGUACAGGAAGAUCAAAUUCUGUUGCCUUCAGUCUAAAGCAGCUGAGCCUUAUCUAGAAGUGAGUGGUGUCACUAGAGAGGAUGUUCAGAAGCGUUUUCUCUUCAUUGAAGGUCUCGGGUAUUACCAUCAGGCAUCUACCGCUGCACUCCGAGUGGUAUCGUACUUACCUCUGCCUUAUUCAGCAUUGAAUGCUUUCUCCAUAGUUCCCACUCCUCUAAGAGACUCAGUGUAUGACUACGUGGCAAAGCACCGGUAUGACUGGUUUGGAAAAGCUGAGGAUUGCUUGGUUCUGAAAGACAAAGAGAUGUUGGAGCGGUUUAUAGACCGAGAUGAACUCAAUGAUCGAAGCUAAUGACGACCCUUGGAAAGAAGCUAAUGUUGACCCUUUUGAAUGAUUUGGAGUUUGGAUAUAGGUUAGCUAUAAGGGAAUGUAACUAGAGGUAAUUGUCCAAGAACCAAAGCUUAUUAGGUUUGUGUUUAGGUUUCUGAACAGUAAUCACAAAGGAUUAACAACCUCCGUAGCUAAUUCAGCAUAAUCUUUGUUGUUACUUAUAAUACUUUAACACUUAUAAGUUUGGGCACGAACUUCUUAAUUCAAAUUGGUGAAUUUUCUGAUUUCUGGACAAGGUGUUGUAAAAGUAAAUGUUUAGAAUUUUGCUAACACAACUUCAAAUCCAAAUGAAGAGAUCUGGCAAACAAA